UCUAUGAAAUGUGUUUGCAUGUUCGUGUGCGCGAGCGGGGAUGUAGAGAGGUGGGAUUGCGAGGAGCGAGGAAGCUGGGGGAACCCACGCGUUUCAGCGUCUGAGAAAGUCAACGCUUUUCUCCAACAAUUGACGGCGAAGAUUUUUGUUUUCCUUUUGUCGUUCGUCAUUAAGACACACACACACACACACACACACACUGUGGAGGAUUGUGUUCCCGGUCCAGGAGCUUUUUUCUUCCUGCCUUUUCUCUCUUUUUCUUUUUUUUUGGUGUCACCAUUCUGUGCGGCGCAGGCUGAGAGACACGGAGCGCUCGGACUGUGGGAGCCCUCCCCUCCCCUCCACUCGGAUCUGCUGUGGUAGUUUCCAGACGACCCAUGGAAGAGCGUGGAUGAGGGCUGAGCUGUAGAGCAGAAGGGCAGAAGGCUGUGGAGCCUGUCUGUUGUUGACCGGUCCAUCGAGGCGAGGAACCACACCUGCCAGGACACAUAACGGACCGAGGAAAGGUCUCAGCUCCCCCUCCUCGCUCACCCCUGCCCCCUUUCCACCCUCACCCCCAACCCGGGCUCGUGCACUCUGGACCAUGUCUGCCAGGCUGUCGGAGGGGGGCCGGACUGAGGACCUCGAGAGGCGUAGCUGCAAACAGGACUCUCCUGUUACUGAGCGUAGGAACCGCAGUGGCAUCAUCAGUGAGCCUCUCAGUAAGAGCCUUAAGAACUCCCGCACCCUCUCCCAGUACACAGCAGUCUCCUCUGCCACCACUAAUGGCCACACGGGCAAAACUGAAAGUAAGAGCCACUCGGCCAAGCCUCAGCCACCCCCGCAGCCCCAGCCCACUGUCUCUGCACUGACUGCAGCCAAGUUGGACCGAACCCUAGAACAGGUUCUGGAGGGACAGAAUGGCCUGCUGCACUUUGCCCAGGCAGCAGCUCUGUUAAAGCGGGCUGGUAUGGAGCACAUGCUUCUGCCCGGGGGCAUGGGAGUGGGAGUUGGCGGCGGAGACGCAGGCUCAGGGGCAAGCGACUUGGAGGGUACGUCUGUCACGGACGCCGUAGGUGGUCCUGUUGACUUCCCAUAUGGAGUAGGAGGUGGCUUCCCCUUCAACCCAGGGCUUUUCAUCAUGACGCCGGCUGGAGUGUUUCUGGCAGAUAGCGCGCUACACAUGGCCAGCCUGGCCGAGUACCCAGCGCAGAGCGAGCUGGCCUCCGCUAUCAACUCCGGUAAAAAGAAGAGAAAACGUUGCGGCAUGUGCCCACCUUGCCGGCGGCGGAUUAACUGCGAGCAAUGCAGCAGCUGCCGGAAUCGCAAAACGGGCCACCAGAUCUGCAAGUUUCGUAAAUGUGAGGAACUGAAGAAGAAGCCCUCUGCUGCUCUGGAGAAGGUGAUGCUUCCUACAGGAGCGGCAUUCCGGUGGUUCCAGUAGGACUCCUCCUCCUCCUCCUCCUCCUCCUCCUCCUCCUCCUCUGCCUCCUCCACUCCCUACCCAAAGCUCUGCCAUCAAGUGCAAAGCCAACUCCUGGAUUAUCUCGGGAACAGAUACUGGCUAAUAAACAAGCAACAAAUAAAAUUGUAGAAAAAAAACCAAACAUUUAAAAAAAAGAAUUGGGUAAUGGAUGCACCUAAUUAUUCCUGGAACCAAAAAUGAAGCAUCUAUGGCAACUUUCAUUCCCUUUUCUAUGUUCCCAUUUUGGUACUUUUGUCCUUUUUCCAGCAGUUUUUUUCUCUGUUGCUUAAACAUGGAACUGCUCAUGACCAGAAACAGAAAUGAUGGACUGAGUGUGGACAAUCAACUAAUUUCUGUGUUUGGUGUUAAUGUUGUUCAUGUGUGGAAAGAUACAGUACUUGUGUAGAGAAUGUAAAUUUACAGCUAUAUUUUAAAACUAGUGGCUAAUGGCAAACAUUAAUGUAAUUCUUCACCGUCUUGUUUCUUUAAACCCUCGUCUGUUUUAUGAUUGACUUUGUCUUCAGACAAGAGCAAAGAGCGUGUGGUGUGAGUGGACAGAGGUCACUACUGUAAUCUCCUCCUCAACAGUUCCAAACUUUACUUUGAGUGAAAGUGGCAGCCUUACGUUUCUGUGGCCCGACUGAGCGUGUGCCAAUGCUGCUCAGGGCAAAAGCACUAAGACACAGCACUUGGUCUGCGUCAACCCUGCUGAACGCACUGAGACAAGAUUACAUUUUUUAUUAUUGUUAUUAUUAUUAUUAUUAUUAUUGUUAUUUUUUGUUGGUUUAUUUGUUACAUUUUCAUGAUUUUCUUAUGUUGCUGGGUAGCUACAGCUUUUACAAAUAACCAAUCUUUGUAUUUGUUUAGAAAAUUGGACUGGUUUUGUGAAUAAAAAGGAAUGCAUGUAUUCGUGUCAAAAUUGACAGCUCUGAUGUUUGUCUGUUCAUCUAUUUGCAUGUUUGUUUUCAAGCGGCUGGUUUGACUAAAGAAAUCUUCAGUAUGUUUUCCACUAUUUGUUUUUUGUUUUUUUUCAAAAAAUGAUAAAAGGAGAAGUGGUUAAAGGUAUGGAUCACCGUCCUGUCCUUGCUGUGAUGUAAUAACUUUAUAUCAUUUGGUGGAAUGACUGAUGGAGCCUUGCUAUGCUAAAAUGUAACCAAAAUGAUUUAAAACAAUGUUUGAAUAAGAACACCUUUGAUUGCAGUGUUUCUUCAAAAAUGCAUGAAAAGUCCUGAAAAUCCUCCUUAAGUCAUUUUCCUCGAUUAUGAUUUGGUUUUCACACGAGUCCACGACGUUUACAGCAGAGAAUCAUUCACAGCCAUGGAUUACUGACAUCAGCAUGUCAUAAAGUAGCCUGGAUAAAAGGUGUGUGCAUAUGAGACAUUUACUGAGAGGACAAGAAAAAAGAACUCUGUUUAAAUGAAAGUCUAAUGAAAAUGAGUUUGAACUUUUUAUGGUAUCACACUCUAGUUUAGAAAAUAAAGUGACAAAUUCACUCAUCAUCAAAACCUGCCUAGUUACAGGUGACAUCAGUGAAUUUCAUGGUGUUCACAAUGCUUCAUGACGGGAGUUUGUCCAUGUUUGAAUACUUUGUUAUGUUUGGAUAAAACAUUUCAACCUUUA